GCAAUCGUGACCGACAAUACGGCAGCUAACAACGCGAUGGGGGAUGAACUGCAGCCCGAUUUCCUAAACGUCUUCUUCCGCGGAUAUUGUUGCCGGGGACUAUAUUUACUGGCAAAAGACAUGGUAGCACAGAUUCCGCGGCUUGACAAGCUUCAAUCUGAGUGCAAACGGCUCGUGGUCUUCAGCAAAACGAACUUCAAAGUGUGGUUUCGACCCCACCGGCAGAUGAGGCAAAAAGCUUGA